UCUUUCUCCCCACAGCUGUUGAUUAAAUCAGUAACAUCAAAACAGCAGCAAGUUUCCUUAAAUAGGGGCACUUUAGAAAGACCACCAAUAUGCCAUAAAAUUUGCUGAAGCGCAAUGGAUGUAUAACUAACAGCAAAGUCAGGUCCCACACUGUGUUUUUUUUUUGCUUUGUAUGCAAAAAUACCCAUCCUCCUAAACAACAGGAACUGCCAUAUGUGGUCAGAUGUCUGUAAGUGUGAGCAUGAGGAUGUGAGCUCAUAGUCUGUAUUAGUCUUCAGAGUAUCAGUUAGAGGAGAACUUUUAAGUAGUUCACCAACACCUGCAGAAUAAAAGCAGAGCAUAGAGCAACCAAGAACGGAAGAAUUUCCAGAAUGAGUGAAGCUGAGGAAAGCAGUGGCAGCUCAACAUGGAAUAUUGUGAGUUGUUAUGUGUGUGUUGCAAGAAGGAUAAGCAGAAUGACUUAUCAAUCCAAGCAGCGAUCGGAACGUCUCAUUGCCAGUAUUGUGGUGGCUUUCAUUCUGUGCUGGUUCCCUCACCAUCUCUUUAACAUUCUGGAUGUUAUUUCAAUUGAAAUAGAACUCUCAAAUGAGGAGAUGUCUUUGGCACUGGAAGAAUUUGUAGACAAAGGAGUGUACAUCUCUGGAGCACUUGUAUUCAUCAGUAGCUGUAUUAACCCUCUGCUUUAUGCUUUUGCUGCACGAAGGUUUCAGAACCACCUGAGGUUUGCCAAGAUAUCAAAACUGUUUGAACAGAUCAGUCAGACUGUAACAGAGGAAGACAAGAAAAGAAGUCUGGCUGUAACCAAACAUGAAGAACCUCUAGUAGGCACAGAAAAUCUCUAACAAGGAACUGAGUGAAUAAUCUGUGUCAUUGCUUCAGCAGUCUUUUCUCCCCGCUCUCAGUUUCAUUUACUGAGUGGUCCAGGGAAAUCUGGAGAGAAAGAAAAGCUUUUUGUGUUUUUUUCUUCUGCGUUUUAUAAGAAUUGACAUUAGCAAACUUGUUCAGUGCAUAGGUUAAUAUUCACAUCAUGAAAUGAGCACUAUUUCACUGUUGCUGAGAACCUCAGCAAGGCGGCUAAAAGCUCACAUUGUAAGGAAUACAGCAUUUUUACAUUCCAUCAAACUUAUUUCUGAUUUCUGUAGUCUGUGUGCAAAAAACAAUAAAGAACUGCAUAUGGAAAAGAGAGACUUUGAAAGCUUAAAAAUAAGUUUUUCUUCAGGAAAUAAUUUGUUACAUGUUCAAAAAUCCUUUUACAAUAUUAAGUUUUAAGAAGUUAAAUUCUUUAUAUGGGUAAGAAUGGUUUUAAAGUGUAAUAAUGACACAAAACUCUUCUGGGUCAAUGGAAAAUUUAAAUCUAUUUUUAUUCAUUACUUUAUUUAGGUUUGAACUUAAUAAGAGUUGUUUACACAGUCAAGCUCAUUUACUGCAUUGUCUUGGGGUAGUAGGUAUGAACAAGUCAACCAUGGAGUGUGACACCCAGAAGAAGCAGGAGGUAUGAGAAUUGUGUUGUAUGGCAAACAUCACUGCAGACUGUAUGCUACAUUUGAUGGCAAACACAUUGCAUACUUCAAUGGCAAUUUGAUGUAUUAAUAUUCAAAUAAUAAUUCAAAUAUUUGAUUAUAUUUGAUAUAUACUUCAAGUAUCCGCAAAAAUUUUGAUUCAAAGAAGUUAGGCUUCCAAGAUGUCUAUUCAACUGGGGAAGAAUCAGAUCGGGUUCAAGUGAGGAGGAAGGAGAGAUCCUUUUUAUUAUUUUUGAUGUGUGAGAAAAUUAUGGUGGUAGUACAAAGUCUCUCAUAUCAUAAGAACUUCACCUUGCAAAUAAAAGCCCUUAUAAAAUUGAGACUUUGCCAUAAGAAACCAAUAAAAUUAGUAUUUGCAAGGGCUUUAAUUUUGUGAAUGCAUGUAAACUCACUGUGAAAAUUUCAUGGCAUCAAGUGUUUGCUUUUGAAGUUUUAUUUAUUUCAAUUGUACCUAACAUUUUUUAUACUUGCUUUGUAAAUUCUUAAGUCAAUAAUUUGUAAUAAGAUCAAGAUUACUACUAAUUAUGAAGCAUAUUGUGAUUUCAUAUUCCUUAUUCUGGACAGCUGCUAAAUAGCUACAUUACUCAUCUUUACAAAGAAAUUACAAAUACUAACCAUAAAUUAAUUUUUGAAGUCUGAUUGUGUCACAGUGAAGGAUAUGUGCAUUGUAUUAAUUUAGCUUGUAAAUUGAAAUAAACAUGGGAAGUAAAAUCCUUA